AUGGAAUGUGAGUGUGUCACUUUUGCUCUUGUGCCAGCCAGUGGAAAAAAGGGCGGAGAUAGAGUAAAGCCUACAUCCGCUACCGUCAACUUUAUUUUCAUUCUUGUAUCUUUUUCCUUUCUUUUUUUAUUUUCUUUAUCCUUCCUUUUUAAAUUCUUAAUUCUCUUCUUUCUUUCUUUCUUUCUUUCUUUCUUUUCACGGUUAGUUUUCAUUUACAUUACAUUGAAUUCCCGUAUUUUCUUUUUCUUUGUUUGUUUGUUUGUUUGUUUGUUUCUUUCUUUCUUUCUUUCUUUCUUUUCACGGCUACACUUUUCAUUUAUAUUCCAUCGUAUACACAGUGUUAUUUUCUUUCUUUCUUUCUUUCUUUUCACGGUUAGUUUUCAUUUACAUUACAUUGGAUUCACAUAUUUUCUCUUUCUUUCUUUCUUUCCUUCUUUUCACGGCUACACUUUUCAUUUAUAUUCCAUCGUAUACACAUUUUUAUUUUCUUUCUUUCUUUUCACGGUUAGUUUUCAUUUACAUUACAUUGAAUUCACGUAUUUUCUUUUUCUUUCUUUCUUGCUUUCUUUCUUUCUUUCUUUCUUUUCACGGUUAGUUUUCAUUUACAUUACAUUGAAUUCCCGUAUUUUCUUUUUCUUUCUUUCUUUCUUUCUUUCUUUCUUUUCACGGCUACACUUUUCAUUUAUAUUCCAUCGUAUACACAUUGUUAUUUUCUUUCUUUCUUUCUUUCUUUCUUUCUUUCUUUCUUUUCACGUUUUUUUUUUUACUAUUCUUUCUUUCUUUCUUUCUUUCUUUCUUUCUUUCUUUCUUUCUUUCUUUCUUUCAUUCUUUGCUACCGUUUUCGUUUACCUUCCUUUGGAUUCUUCCUUUCUUUUAACUCUAUUGUUUUUCUCUUUUUUUUUUCUUUCUUUGAAGCUCUUUCUUUUUUCCAAUUUCUUCUUUUGCCACAUUCUUUCAUUUAAAAAAUUUAUUCUUACCAUUUCUUUUCCUUUAUUACUCUGGAUUUUUCUUCAUUUCUUCUCAUUUUCUCCCAUUAUUCUUUCAUUUUACGAUUCCUUUCGCCAUAUUUUUUUAACUCUAAUUCGCUUCUUCUUCUCUCUUCAUUUCUUUGACUUUUCUUUCAUUAUUUUAAAUUUUCUUGUCUUUAUUGUCUUCAUCUAUUUUCCUAUCUUUUACUUACUUAUUUUCGGUCAUCGUCAUUUUCAUUUCAUUACAUUCUUUUCAUUCUUUCUUUCUUUCUUUCUUUCUUUCUUUCUUUCUGUAUUUCUGUAUUUCUUUAUAGUAUUUUCUCUUUCUGCUCUCUUUAUAAGAAAUUUAACAAUGUUUUCUUUCCAGACUUCUGCGUCACUUGUUUCUUUACUUUUUCAACCAUUGUAA